CGACACAGAUAAAGGCUCCACUCAUUCAGCUUUCAUCAAGGAACUAAACUGUGAGGUUAUUCUCUAACUGUCAGAGUAUGAGAGUCAGCAAUUACAGACACACAGUAAACUUGCUUUAUUGUGCAUGUGUAACAUAGAACAAAGUCGUUUAAAGUUGGUGAAAGAGGAUUACACGGACAGCGAGUGGAGGAUGAUAAGUGUGUCCGCAGAGCUCUGUUUGCUGGCAUGUUUGAUUCUGACUUUAGACUUGACUUUGGGUCUGGGGCCAAAUAAAGACAUGGAAUUUACAUUUUUAUUGUCUGCUGGCAGCACAGAGUGUUUUUACCAAACUGCAGUGAGGAGCGACAGCAUGGAGGUUGAAUACCAGGUGAUAGCCGGGUCUGGUUUGGAUGUUGGCUUUGCCCUCAUCUCACCCAGCGGACACCGGCUGGUCUCUGACUUCAGGAGAUCUGAUGCCAUUCACAUGGUGGAUCCCACAGAGGACGGAGACUACCGCUUGUGUUUCGACAACAGCUUCAGUAAACUCUCAGAGAAGAUGGUGUUCUUUAAGGUGAUCAUUAACAGUCAGAGCAGCGAAGGCAGAGGCCAAGAUGAGUGGGUGGACGUGGCCAUGCCAGAGAGCAUGCUGGAGUACAAACUGGAGGACAUCAAGGUGAGGAUGGACUCUUUGUACGAGCAUCUGGAGAAGAGCCGUCAGCUCCUGACUGUGCUGCGGGUCCUUGAGGCGAGGGACCGCUAUCUUCUGGAGGACAACCUGUGGCGGGUGUCCUUCUGGUCCUGCCUCAACCUGCUCGUCAUGCUCGCUGUCGCUGCUGCUCAGGUCUACACGCUGCAGCGCCUCUUUGACAACACCAAGCGAGUCUCUCCAUAGACAACAAAACUCAUUAACCUCCAGCCAAGGGAGUGAAGAACCUGCAUGAAAGUGUGACCCUUAAAACCCUUCACUGACAUGUGCCUCAUGAGCUCACUUUAAAGGGAUAGUUCAAACUUUUGGAGAGCUGGUUCAUCAAAGCCCAGUUGAGACCAAAGAUUCGUGAUGAGAGGAAACCAUUUUACAAAGAUGGCAGAGAAAAGCAGCAGCAGUGUGAACUGGCCAGUCUCAGCUUUGAUGGUGUCACCUGCAGCUCAGCUUGCAAAGUCACCAAGGCAUGUCACCUGUUUAAGCAGCCAAUCAGCUUGUGGCGCAGUCAGCUGGCCAAGUCAGUUACAAACUGUCUGCCUGCUAUGAUAUUCUCUGACAACAGCCAGCCAUCCGCCCUCGCCGAGCCCUUUGUCUCAUGGUGUGUCCUGUUGGACGGUGGGCCACUGCUGCUGCUUGCUGGGGCUUAUGUCACACACAUAUAGCCCAAUCAUUGACGGAAGAAUAAGGCGUGUCACUUGUGUAAACUGGCAGGUUUUCAGAACGUUGCAGACUGGUGCAUUACAAAUAGUUGCAAGUUUCUCAUGGCAAAUCUUUGGUCUGAACUGGGCUUUAGGAAAUUUUGAAUUCCAAUCAUAAGGAAAUUUCAGUACUGUAAUAUGCACACACAGAAAUACAUACUGUACUGUGCAUGCAUACAUAUACACACACACACACACACACACACACAAGCUUACUAAGGUCACUUAAGGGGAAAUUACAUAGAUUUAUAUUCAUAUCCUGGAGACUUAGCCUAACUGUAACCACUAACGCAAGAAAACAGUUUAGGGACGUGACUUUUGUCCCUAACUGGACAAGCCGUCCCUAAUUAACUGGUCUUUAGUCUGAAAUGUAUCCCUGAAGGUAGCCUUAGUCAUACCCACACACACACAGUCCCCGCUCUGACAUUUGUUAAUGUCACUGGGGAAGCUAGAAAACCACAGCUGUUCUCACUGGAAUGUUGUUUUAUUAAAUUUCAAACUACAUUUCACACAGACAUUUAUGACUCUAGGCUAUGUUUCAUCAAACCAAUAGCCAAAACAAACCAAAAUAUCAGAAACCUCACCUACUGAGUGUACUUU